GCACAUUGGAAAAAAGCUCCCUCAUUUUGGUUUAGAUAUCAGACUGUGAUAUUGCAGACGGCGUUUUCACCCAGCACUUUCUACAGUUUAUUCCAAUUCUAAAUUUAGAACAAGAGUGAUCAAGAAUGGGAUGGUAUUUCCUUCAUUCUCUGCUGAAUGGGGUCAACAAGUACUCAACACCGCUGGGGAAGGUGUGGCUCUCAGUCGUUUUCAUUUUCCGUGUAUUGGUCUUGGUGGUUGCAGCUGAGACUGUAUGGGGAGAUGAACAGAGUGACUUUGUGUGCAACACACAGCAACCUGGGUGCAGGAAUGUGUGCUACGAUCAUUUCUUCCCCAUCUCCCACAUCAGGCUGUGGGUUUUCCAGCUCCUCUUUGUGUCCAUUCCAUCAUUUCUCAUUGGUAUGCAUGUUCAUCAAAGGAAAAAAUACAAGAAGAAUAUAAAAAUCUUUCAUCAAAAUGCAGAUGUCCAGAAAGUAAAAACCGAUGCCCCUCUUCUUCGAACUUACUUGGUUAGCAUUUUCUUCAAAAUGUCAUUUGAAGCUGUCUUUAUGUACCUAUUUUAUUGGAUUUAUAAAGGCUACAAGAUGCUCAGACUUGUCAAAUGCAGUGAAUAUCCCUGUCCUAAUAUUGUGGAUUGCUUUGUUUCUAGGCCAACAGAGAAAACAAUCUGUACAAUUUUUAUGUUAGUGACUUCAGCUGUAUGCAUGUUGUUAAAUGUUGCAGAAUUGUGCUAUUUGGUUGUAAAGUAUUGCAUUAUGCAAUGGAUGCAAAGCUUGCAUUCUGCAACAAAGAGCAAUGAACAGGACAAAAAAUUGACGGUUGCUCUUAGUUCCUCAAAUAUCAGCACAUCAAAAUUCGACGAUGAUCACACUUCCAUACGUUAAAAAGACAAUGAUUUCUGAAUUAUUUUUAAUUAUACAAUAUGCAAGUAUUUCAUGGCUCAGCCGAUCAUGGUGUGACUUUGCAAUGAAAUAUUAUCAGGAAGAAAUGAUAAACUUGCAACUUUUAGGCAUUCUAUUUAUUUUUAUUUCAGAUUAUUCCUUUUGUCACUGUUACAUGUUACAUUUGUGAGCAUGUGAUCACUGCAUUUUUUGUAAUGCUGUGUAGACCUCUGGAAAGCGACUUCUGUCAAAUAUACCAAAUAAAGAAGGAUUAUAGAUAAAGUGAUUCACACAAUGAAGAUAAGGAACCUGAAGCAGAUUAGAAGCCCGAUGCUUUGCCUGGAAGAUGUUUGUCAGAAUACCAGAGAACUAGAUUAAAUGCAGUUUUAUACGAAACCAGAUAGUUGUGCCUUAAAUACCUGAUAACGAGGAUUUGCUUGAUGUUCAUGUAAAUGAGCAAAGGUUGAGGUAUAAAGGAGUGGAACUUGCCAGAGGCGGUCCAUGGAGCACAUUCACACUGUGGCCCAUAACUUCUAUGCACUACUCUUUCUUGUUCGUCAUAUUUCCUGAUGCCAAUUCACAUGCAACUGUUGGAGGCUGACCCCUAUGGUUUUCGCGGCUGGACAUGGGAAUCUGGCUGCUAAAGUUCACAUCUGUGUGGAUAACUGCUGAAAACCUGGGUCUGCAUUUCUUUUAGAUCUCCAGAGCUUCAGGUCUUUUAUUUUGAAUAUGCUGCCAAUGGUGGCAGUGCUGCAAAUUUGUUCAUGUUGGCAUUCCUUCAAUAUGAAAGUGUCUUUAACAGUGGGAUGUGGAAAGUUCAAUAAGUGUAACUACACUAAGCUCCUCUUUGGUAUGUUGCCCUAGCCCUUGUGUGAUGACUGAUUGUUGAAAAGUGAACAAUAGGAAAAAGGCUAGUCUUUGAUGUAGCAGAUUAUGAAAUUACAAAUUCUACUUUCAGUCAAGGUUUGUUAUUCUAUUGAUUCACGUAGACUUGGAAUGCAAAAACCAUGCAGAGUUUGCAAUUUUGCAGACACAUUAGGAGUCCCAUUAGUCAAAUGUGCUCUAUGACAUAGUUGGCACAGUUUACACCCAACCUGUCAUUUUUUUGAGGAAAACGGAUGGCUUUUUGGAACCAUAUUUAUGAGUAAGUUUUGAGAUUUUCUCUGUCUUUCUUUCUUUUGCCUGUGGAAUGGAUCCAAAGUGUUUUCCCUCCAUUAUUCUGUAGCCCAUGAGGACAGCCUAGUUGCCUGGAUAUUGAGUUAAGAAGCUGAAUGACUUCAACUCCUAGGCUUAUGUAAGAUAUAACUGAAAUAUGCAACACAUUGUUAUGCUUGUUGGAAUAGUGACAGCACUGUGAACUUUUUGGAAUGUACUGU